AACUAUAUAAUGUUUGAUAAUUUGCUAUAGUACAUUCAAUCUAGUGUAACGUAAUAUUAUCAGAGUAUUACGUUUAACCUCCUCGAAGUACUAUUUUGCGCAUAUAGGAAAAUUGGUUUAAAAUACCCAAUAUGACACGUGUAGCUGUCGUAACCGGUGGGAAUAAAGGCAUUGGAUUUGCUAUUGUAAAACAUCUUUGCAAACAAUUUGAUGGAGUUGUUUAUUUAACAGCUCGUGAUGUUACUCGAGGACAGAAUGCUAUUAAAGAACUUGAAAAACAAGGUUUAAACCCAAAAUUUCAUCAACUUGAUGUUACUGAUGAAAGUAGUAUUUCUACUUUUCAUGAUUAUUUAAAAAAAACAUAUCAAGGAUUGGAUAUAUUAGUUAACAAUGCUGCUAUUGCAUUUAAGACAACUGCUACAGAACCUUUUUCUCUGCAAGCUGAAGAGACAUUAAGAGUAAACUAUUUUAGCUUAAGAAAAGUAUGUAGCAAACUUUAUCCGUUAUUGAAAACACAUGCACGUGUAGUACAUGUGUCAAGUUCUUCUGGUCAUUUAUCAAAGAUUCCUGGUGAAUCAUUGAAGAAAAGAUUUUCAGAUCCAAAUCUUACAGAGGAAGAAUUAGACAAUAUUAUGCACGAAUUUAUUGAUGCUGCAAAGACGAACACUCACUUAGAGAAAGGAUGGGCAAAUUCUGCCUAUGUUGCAAGCAAAGUCGGAGUAUCUGCUUUAGCUAGAAUUCAUCAAAGAAUGUUUAAUUCAGAUACUAGAGAAGAUCUCGUAGUGAAUGCUGUGCAUCCUGGCUAUGUAGACACAGAUAUGACUAGUCAUAAAGGUACUUUGAAGCCUGAUGAAGGUGCUCAGGCUCCUGUAUAUGCUGCAUUAUUACCAGAAAAUACAGACAUAAAGGGUAAAUAUAUCUGGUAUGACAAAUCAUUAAUGGAAUGGACAAAGGAUGAAUAAAUAUAUAACAAUAUGAGUUAUUUUGGA